UGUUCCCGCCGUGGACGUCUGAACGCUCAUCUAACGUUUGGUGUUUCUCAGUGGUUUGGUGGACGUUUGAAUGGUUUGGUGGACGUUUGAAUGGUUUGGUGGAUGUUUCUCAGUGGUUUGGUGGAUGUUUCUCAGUGGUUUGGUGGAUGUUUCUCAGUGGUUUGGUGGAUGUUUCUCAGUGGAUUGGUGGACGUUUCUCAGUGGUUUGGUGGAUGUUUCUCAGUGGUUUGGUGGAUGUUUCUCAGUGGAUUGGUGGACGUUUCUCAGUGGUUUGGUGGAUGUUUCUCAUUGGUUUGGUGGAUGUUUCUCAUUGGUUUGGUGGAUGUUUGAAUGGUUUGGUGGACGUUUCUCAUUGGUUUGGUGGACGUUUCUCAUUGGUUUGGUGGACGUUUCUCAGUGGUUUGGUGGACGUUUCUCAGUGGUUUGGUGGAUGUUUCUCAUUGGUUUGGUGGACGUUUCUCAGUGGUUUGGUGGACGUUUCUCAGUUUUUUGUUGGAUGUUUCUCAUUGGUUUGGUGGAUGUUUCUCAUUGGUUUGGUGGAGGUUUCUCAUUGGUUUGGUGGACGUUUCUCAUUGGUUUGGUGGACGUUUCUCAGUGGUUUGGUGGAGGUUUCUCAGUGGUUUGGUGGAGGUUUGAAUGGUUUGGUGGAUGUUUCUCAUUGGUUUGGUGGAUGUUUCUCAUUGGUUUGGUGGACGUUUCUCAUUGGUUUGGUGGACGUUUCUCAUUGGUUUGGUGGACGUUUCUCAUUGGUUUGGUGGACGUUUCUCAGUGGUUUGGUGGACGUUUCUCAGUGGUUUGGUGGAGGUUUCUCAGUGGUUUGGUGGAGGUUUGUCAGUGGUUUGGUGAAUGUUUCUCAUUGGUUUGGUGGAUGUUUCUCAGUGGUUUGGUGGAUGUUUCUCAUUGGUUUGGUGGACAUUUCUCAGUGGUUUGGUGGAUGUUUCUCAGUGGUUUGGUGGAUGUUUCUCAGUGGUUUGGUGGACGUUUCUCAGUGGUUUGGUGGAGGUUUCUCAGUGGUUUGGUGGAGGUUUGUCAGUGGUUUGGUGGACAUUUCUCAGUGGUUUGGUGGAUGUUUCUCAGUGGUUUGGUGGAUGUUUCUCAGUGGUUUGGUGGACGUUUCUCAGUGGUUUGGUGGAUGUUUCUCAGUGGUUUGGUGGAGGUUUCUCAGUAGUUUGGUGGAGGUUUCUCAUUGGUUUGGUGGACGUUUCUCAGUGGUUUGGUGGAUGUGUCUCAUUGGUUUGGUGGAUGUUUCUCAUUGGUUUGGUGGAUGUUUGAAUGGUUUGGUGGACGUUUCUCAUUGGUUUGGUGGACGUUUCUCAUUGGUUUGGUGGACGUUUCUCAGUGGUUUGGUGGACGUUUCUCAGUGGUUUGGUGGACGUUUCUCAGUGGUUUGGUGGACGUUUCUCAGUGGUUUGGUGGAGGUUUGAAUGGUUUGGUGGAUGUUUCUCAUUGGUUUGGUGGAGGUUUCUCAUUGGUUUGGUGGAUGUUUCUCAUUGGUUUGGUGGAUGUUUCUCAUUGGUUUGGUGGACGUUUCUCAGUGGUUUGGUGGACGUUUGUCAGUGGUUUGGUGGAGGUUUCUCAGUGGUUUGGUGGAGGUUUCUCAGUGGUUUGGUGGACGUUUCUCAGUGGUUUGGUGGAGGUUUCUCAUUGGUUUGGUGGACGUUUCUCAGUGGUUUGGUGGAUGUGUCUCAUUGGUUUGGUGGAUGUUUCUCAUUGGUUUGGUGGAUGUUUGAAUGGUUUGGUGGACGUUUCUCAUUGGUUUGGUGGACGUUUCUCAUUGGUUUGGUGGACGUUUCUCAGUGGUUUGGUGGACGUUUCUCAGUGGUUUGGUGGAUGUUUCUCAGUGGUUUGGUGGAUGUUUCUCAUUGGUUUGGUGGAUGUUUCUCAUUGGUUUGGUGGACGUUUCUCAGUGGUUUGGUGGACGUUUCUCAUUGGUUUGGUGGACGUUUCUCAGUGGUUUGGUGGAUGUUUCUCAUUGGUUUGGUGGACGUUUCUCAGUGGUUUGGUGGAUGUUUCUCAUUGGUUUGGUGGACGUUUCUCAGUUUUUUUGUUGGAUGUUUCUCAUUGGUUUGGUGGAUGUUUCUCAUUGGUUUGGUGGAGGUUUCUCAUUGGUUUGGUGGACGUUUCUCAUUGGUUUGGUGGACGUUUCUCAGUGGUUUGGUGGAGGUUUCUCAGUGGUUUGGUGGAGGUUUGAAUGGUUUGGUGGAUGUUUCUCAUUGGUUUGGUGGAGGUUUCUCAUUGGUUUGGUGGAUGUUUCUCAUUGGUUUGGUGGAUGUUUCUCAUUGGUUUGGUGGACGUUUCUCAGUGGUUUGGUGGACGUUUGUCAGUGGUUUGGUGGAGGUUUCUCAGUGGUUUGGUGGAGGUUUCUCAUUGGUUUGGUGGACGUUUCUCAUUGGUUUGGUGGACGUUUCUCAGUGGUUUGGUGGAUGUUUCUCAUUGGUUUGGUGGAUGUUUCUCAGUGGUUUGGUGGAUGUUUCUCAUUGGUUUGGUGGACAUUUCUCAGUGGUUUGGUGGAGGUUUCUCAGUAGUUUGGUGGAGGUUUCUCAUUGGUUUGGUGGACGUUUCUCAGUGGUUUGGUGGAUGUGUCUCAUUGGUUUGGUGGAUGUUUCUCAUUGGUUUGGUGGAUGUUUGAAUGGUUUGGUGGAUGUUUCUCAUUGGUUUGGUGGAUGUUUGUCAGUGGUUUGGUGGAUGUUUCUCAUUGGUUUGGUGGAGGUUUCUCAGUGGUUUGGUGGACGUUUCUCAGUGGUUUGGUGGAGGUUUCUCAUUGGUUUGGUGGAUGUUUGUCAGUGGUUUGGUGGAUGUUUCUCAUUGGUUUGGUGGACAUUUCUCAGUGGUUUGGUGGAGGUUUCUCAUUAGUUUGGUGGAGGUUUCUCAUUGGUUUGGUGGACGUUUCUCAGUGGUUUGGUGGAUGUGUCUCAUUGGUUUGGUGGAUGUUUCUCAUUGGUUUGGUGGAUGUUUGAAUGGUUUGGUGGAUGUUUCUCAUUGGUUUGGUGGAUGUUUGUCAGUGGUUUGGUGGAUGUUUGUCAGUGGUUUGGUGGACGUUUCUCAGUGGUUUGGUGGAGGUUUCUCAUUGGUUUGGUGGAUGUUUGUCAGUGGUUUGGUGGAUGUUUCUCAUUGGUUUGGUGGAGGUUUCUCAUUGGUUUGGUGGAUGUUUGUCAGUGGUUUGUUGGAUGUUUCUCAUUGGUUUGGUGGAGGUUUCUCAUUGGUUUGGUGGAUGUUUGUCAGUGGUUUGGUGGAGGUUUCUCAGUGGAUUGGUGGAUGUUUCUCAUUGGUUUGGUGGAGGUUUCUCAUUGGUUUGGUGGAAGUUUCUCAUUGGUUUGGUGGAUGUUUGAAUGGUUUGGUGGAUGUUUCUCAUUGGUUUGGUGGAUGUUUCUCAGUGGUUUGGUGGAUGUUUCUCAUUGGUUUGGUGGAUGUUUCUCAUUGGUU